GAAAAGCAGCACAUCACUGACCAACACGGGACAAAAGCUUUGUAUAGUGGAGAAAGGAACACUGUGGAAGCAACCGGCACAAUACAGAUCUUCACCUGGCUCUGGUUUGUGAAGAUGACAUUGGGUCCAGACUGUGAGUCUGUGUGCAACGAGUCUGAAGCUCUGGAGGGUCAGGGACCCCCGGUGCUGGUGGAUGCUUGGCUGGUCCCCACUUUCUUCAGCCUCAUCAUGCUGGUCGGCUUGGUCGGAAACUCGCUGGUCAUCCAUGUGGUCACCAAGCACCAGCAGAUGAAGACCGUCACCAACUUUUACAUAGUAAACCUGGCCACAAGCGAUAUUUUGUUUCUGGUGUGCUGCGUCCCCUUCACUGCCACGCUGUACCCACUGCCUAGCUGGAUCUUUGGAGAGUUUAUGUGCCGACUGGUAAACUACCUUCAGCAAGUGACUGCUCAGGCCACAUGUAUCACACUUUCCGCCAUGAGUGUGGACCGCUGCUACGUGACCGUCUACCCUUUGCAGUCUCUGCAACACCGCACGCCACGCAUGGCCCUGGCCAUCUCUGUGUCUAUCUGGAUAGGCUCAUUGCUCCUGUCAAUCCCUGUCGCUGUGUACCAGCGUCUGGAGGCCGGAUACUGGUUUGGUCCUCAGACCUACUGCAGUGAGGUCUUCCCCUCGGCUGGCCUCCAGAGAGCUUUUAUCAUCUACAGCUUCCUGGCCGUCUACCUGCUGCCCUUGCUCACCAUCACCGCCUGUUAUGCCUUCAUGCUAAAGCGCAUGGGGCAAGCCAGCGUGAAUCCCAUCGACAGCAGCUACCAACUUCAGGCUCAUGCAGCGCGAGCAGCAGCAGUACGGGCGCGCAUCUCCCGGAUGGUGGUGGUGAUGGUAGCUCUCUUCCUCAUCUGCUGGGGCCCAAUCCAGGUCUGCAUCCUCUUGCAAGCUUUUGGACUCCGCAGUUAUCUUCUAUACAAGCUGAAGAUUUGGGGUCACUGCAUGUCUUACUCCAACUCAUCCGUAAACCCGCUUGUUUACGCCUUCAUGGGCAACAACUUCAGAAAGGCCUUCAAGCACGCCUUCCCCGCCAUAUUUCUGUGGCGCACAAGAGGGAGAUUAAGGGUGGGAAUCAUGGACACAGAGGACGGGGGAGACAUGGAUCGCCAGGCACCGAAAGGAGGAGCAGAGCUGAACUUUCUUUCAUCUGUGUCCUAAAGGCCACACUGUGCCUUCAUUGUUUAUUUAUAGCUUGUUCUGGAGAUGAAAGCACCCUGGAUGUUCACACUGGUCAUCCUGACUCAAUGUGGGCUUAAUAUAGAAAAUACUACCAACACAAGUAAAUGACAGGUUUCAACCAACACAUCCAAACAUAAUCACUGCCAUGUGAUCUCUUCGUAGGAACAGACCAAACAGGAGCCUCUUGUGACUUUCACAAGCUGCUGAGACACGUCACAUGUUUCCAGUUUAGCUGUAGUGAUUACAUUUAUUUUACUGAAAUAUAUUUGUGCUCUAAGCUGUAUCGUCUUUACAUUAUUUCAUGGAGCUGACUCUGUCCCUUAUGAACAGCAGCCUUGUUGAAUAUAAUUAUUUCGUAUUGUAAAAAGAAUCUGGGAGAAACACUAUGCUUUGUCUGCUCAAGUUAUGUUUGGUCUUUUUUGUUUCUUUAACAUAGUUUCACUGUACUAUACGAGGUAAAUUAGGUAGUAGGUAUAUCUUUUUGGACCAUCAGUUGAGCUUUAUCUUUCUACAUGUAAGUCUGCAUACUUAUGCUUUUAAUGUCUGCAAUAGGAGUCAUUUGGACUGGUAUGGAUGGAAACAAUUCUAUUAAACCGUUAUCUGUUUUUAGAUUUUAGUUUUGUUUAUUCAGUUUUGCUGACUCUGGCAAGUUAACUGGAUUGCCAAAAAUGAAGCUCAGAUUUUUUUUAUGAGAUUUUUCUGCUCCUCUGAUAUCCCUAUGCUUACCCAUGUCAUAUUUUAUCAUCUCCUUUUUCUAACUAAACAUGCCACCUGUAUCUUUACCGAAUUGAAUUGUAGCUUUAAUUGCUGCAAUGAUU